AGGAUUUGGAGAGUAAGAUCCAAUCAAGGGACAGUUAAACGACAGAUAAAAUGGGAACACAAGAUCCAAGCUCGGUUAACUCCCGCUCAAGUUACAAGACGUCGUCAUUCUCUCACAAUUUCAAAACUCAAACCCUCCUCGCCUCCGUCGUCUCACUCCUCCUUUCUCUAUCUCUCUGGAAUCGAUCGACCUAUUGGAAGAGGAUCGACAGAUCUGAAAUGGUGUCUAGGGAUUUCCCUCCUGAAAAUUGAAAUGUGAGGGAGAAAAAUGAACGACGCUCGGAGCUCUGAUCCAUUGGAUCCGCUGCAGGGUUUCACAGGCCUCUCCCUCUUCCACCAGAGCUUCAAGGCCAUCCCAGACAGUUCAACUUCCAUUCCCUUCGAUUUUGACCCCAACCUGCAAGCCAUCCAUUCCCAAUUCAACUCCACGGCCUCACAAGUUAAACUUGUAGAUCAGGUGAAAAACAUUUUAAGUGAUACUUCGAAAAUUCUGAAGUCUGGUAUUCCACAAGCUAAACAGAAUAGUGAAGUUGUUCCUGAAAAGGCUGAGGAUAAUCCCCUACAAAGAAUACCAGCCUCCGGUCGUGAACUUGCUCGUUUUUCUGUGAAGCCUAAUUCCAGUCAACCUAAUAUGUGUUCACUACCACCUUUUGACAUCAGUUGGCAUGAGAAUGCUAGAAAAGGAAAAGAGAAUUUGAGGGGUGGUGCUGCGUUGGAUGCAGAUCAGCAAGCCAUCCAUAUCCAACUCAAUUCCAUGGCCUCACAACAUAGUCCAAGUAAACUUAAAGAUCAAGUGGAAAACAUUGCAAGUGUUACUUCAGAAAUUGUGGAGCCUGGUAAUCGACAGGCAUUGAAACAGAAAAAUAAAGUUGUUCCUGAAAAGGCUGCUAAAAGUCCCCGACAAAGAAGACCAGCCUUGGGUCUUAAACGUACUCGGUUUUCUAUGAAGCCUGAUUCCAGUCAACCUGAUACGAAUUUGCUACCACCUUUCGAUCCCAAAAAUUAUAAAGACCCAGAGGAAUUGUUCAAGGAACAUGAAAAAUAUGAGAAUGCUAAAAAAGAAUUAGAAAAGCUGAAGGGUGGUGCUAUGUUUGAUGCAUACAAGCACAAUCCAUCCCCGAUUAAACGAACCCGUCGACCAUCGGUUAUGAGGUUCAUUAGCUGAGGAAGUGAACAAUGGAAGUUUUGAUGAACUGCUGUCUCUAAAUACUGAAUGUCUAGAAGGUGAUGAUGCGGUCACUCAUGUACAGAAGUGUUUGAGGAUGAAACCAAUUGAACCAGUGAAUGUCAGUUUUAUCAACUGUAGAUGACUCGUGUGGACAAUUGGUAUUAGCAAAAAAGUAAUGAUAUAGAGAUUAAAUUUGUACACAAAAUUUGCAAACUAAAUUAUAUAUCACCAAUAAAAAAUGAGCACGUUUAUUAA